AUGAAUAUUGACGUGGACGUUAACAGCGUAGAAGACACGGAGUUUAACGCUAUCUUGCGUGAGAAGGGUAUUCUGCCUGCUCUUCCAAAACCCAAAGAAGAAACUCCUCCACCUUCUCCAGAAACACAACGUCGAAAUGCUGUCCAGCGAAUGAAUUACAAUGAAUUGACUGACAAGAUUGAGGCUCUGGAAGACCAGGGUGGUGAUGAAAUAGAGGAAGAUGUAAAGUUCCUCGAGCUUUAUCGCCAGAAACGAAUUGAAGAAAUGAAACAGGCAGCUCUUAGAGCAAAAUUCGGCACUUAUGGUGAAGUUAACAAGGCUGAUUGGACCCAGGCUGUUAAUAACGCCGGAGAGGGUGUCUAUGUAGUAGUGCACUUAGCUUACAAGGGAAACGAGAAAUGUGCCGUUAUUGACCAACACUUACGAGUUCUUGCCGCUCGGUAUCCUGCUGUCAAAUUUCUUCGUGGAGAGGCUGCACUUUGUGUCCCAAACUUCCCUGAUUCUAAUUUACCCACGAUUAUUGUUUAUUAUGAAGGUGAAGUGAAAACUCAGUACGUUGGAAUCAAAGCUCUUGGUGGCCAUCCUUGUUCCAUUAAGGAUUUGGAGCAGCGGCUAGCUAAGGUCGGCGUCAUUCGCUCAUCCAAUGCAGAUGAUGACUUUUUUGAUGAUCCAAACGAAGAUGACUUUCGAGGCAAGAAAUUAAUAAAUGUUACUAGAAUUCGUAAUGGUGUUGGUCAUCGUAAGCGUGAUAGUGACUCAGAUGAUGAAAGUGACUAA